AAAAAAAUACUCAUGAGAGUUACAGACAUGCUUGAAAGUUUGUGAACCCUUUAGAAUUUUCUAUAUUUCUGCAUAAAUAUGACCUAAAAUGUCAUCAGAUUUUCACACAAGUCCAAAAAGUAGAUAAGGAGAACCCAGUUAAACAAAUGAUACAAAAAUAUUAUACUUGGUCAUUUAUUUAUUGAGGAAAAUGAUCCAAUAUUACAUAUCUGUGAGUGGCAAAAGUAUGUGAACCUUUGCUUUCAGUAUCUGGUGUGACCCCCUUGUGCAGCAAUAACUGCAACUAAACAUUUCCAGUAACUGUUGAUCAGUCCUGCACACCGGCCUAGAGGAAUUUUCGCCCAUUCCUCUGUACAGAACAGCUUCAACUCUGGGAUGUUGGUGGGUUUCCUCACAUGAACUGCUCGCUUCAGGUCCUUCCACAAAAUUUCAAUUGGAUUAAGGUCAGGACUUUGACUUGGCCAUUCCAAAACAUUAACUUUAUUCUUCUUUAACCAUUCUUUAGUAGAAUGACUUGUGUGCUUAGGGUCAUUGUAUCGCUGCAUGACCCACCUUCUCUUGAGAUUCAGUUCAUGGACAGAUGUCCUGACAUUUUCAUUUAGAAUUUGCUGGUAUAAUUCAGAAUUCAUUGUUCCAUUAAUAAUGGCAAGCCAUCCUGGCCCAGAUGCAGCAAAACAGGCCCAAACCAUGAUACUACCACCACAGUGUUUCACAGAUGGGAUAAGGUUCUUAUGCUGGAAUGCAGUGUUUUACUUUCUCCAAACAUAACGCUUCUCAUUUAAACCAAAAAGUUCUGUUUUGGUCUCAUCUGUCCACAAAACAUUUUUUCCAAUAGCCUUCUGGCUUGUCCACAUGAUCUUUAGCAAACUGCAGAUGAGCAGCAAUGUUCUUUUUGGAGAGCAGUGGCUUUCUCCUUGCAGUCCUGCCAUGCACACCAUUGUUUUUCAGUGUUCUCUUGAUGGUGGACUCAUGAACAUUAGCCAAUGUGAGAGAGGCCUUCAGCUGCUUAGAAGUUACCCUGUGGUCCUUUGUGAGCUCGCCAGCUAUUACAUGCCUUGAUCUUGGAGUGAUCUUUGUUGGUUGACCACUCCUGGGGAGGGUAACAGUGGUCUUGAAUUUCCUCCAUUUGUACACAAUCUAACUGUCUAACUGUGGAUUGGUGGAGUCCAAACUCUUUAGAGAUGGUUUUGUAACCUUUUCCAGCCUGAUGAGCAUCAACAACACUUUUUCUGAGGUCCUCAGAAAUCUCCUUUGUUCGUACCAUGAUACACUUCCAUAAACAUGUAUUGUGAUGAUCAGACUUUGAUAGAUCCCUGUUCUUUAAAUAAAACAGGGUGCCCACUCACACCUGAUUGUCAUCCCAUUGAUUGAAAACACCUGACUCUAAUUUCACCUUCAAAUUAACUGCGAAUCCUAGAUGUUCGUAUAUUUUUGCCACUCACAGAUAUGUAAUGUUGGCUCAUUGUGGCAGUGGGGGCAUGGUCAAGCGUCGGUCUGUGACCAGAGGGCGGAGUCAGGGAAGGUAAGUGGCAGAAUCACUGCACCUGAGGUUGAUUAAUGUGUUUGUGUGUCCUCCCCAGUGACCGCGCCCUAUUUAAGGAGGAGAGCAAGAGCAGAGCGGGCUCUCUCCCGACCAGAACAUAACACUUGCUACAGUGGUGCCGAAACCCGGGGCGGAGCGCAGGAGAGAACAGCCCCAUGGAGUCCUCCCCCUUCAAGGACCUGGUCCAUGCCCUCGCCACGGCCCAACAGAGCCAGCACCAGGCGCUGGUCGCCCUCCGGGAAGAACAGGAGCGAAGGUUUGAGGCCCUGGUGCUGGCGCAGCAGGAAGAUCGCCGGGCGUUCCGGCACCUACUUGCGUCGGCGGGGUCCACCACCGUGGGCCCUUCCCACCUCACCCUGACGAAGAUGGGCCCGCACAACAACCCCGAGGCCUUCCUCGUUCUCUUUGAGCAGGCAGCAGAGGAGUGGGGUUGGCCGGUGGAACAGCGCGUGGUGUGCCUCCUCCCCCUCCUCACGGGCGAGGGGCAGCUGGCCGCGCUACAGCUCCCCACCGACAGCCGGCUGGUCUACGCGGACCUCCGCAGGGCCGUUCUCCGGCGCGUGGGUCGCACUCCGGAGCAGCAGCCGCAGCGCUUCCACGCGCUGCGCCUGGAGGAGGUCGGCCAGCCAUUCGUGUUUGGCCAGCAACUCCGGGAUGCCUGCUGCCGGUGGCUGAGGGCCGACAACCGUGACACUGAGGAGAUCAUUGAUCUGGUGGCGCUGGAGCAGUUCGUCACUCGACUUCCAGAGGGAACCGCGGAGUGGGUCCAGUGCCAUCGCGCGGCGUCACUGGAUCAGGCCAUUGAGCUGGCGGAGGACCAUAUGGUGGCCGUUCCAACGGCAGGACAGCAUGUCUCCCCUUCUCCCCCCCCUCUCGCUCUCUCCUUCUGUUCCUCUUCCUCGCCCCAUUCCCCCACUGCGGAGGCAGGGGCCGGCUCCACCCCAGCGGGCCCGCCACACCUGCGGUGUUCUAUCUUCUCCUACUUCCAUGUCUGUGUCUUUCCCCCCUCAGGUGAGUGAUAUCCGGAACAUCGGUGCAGAGAGAGAGCCCGGGCCAGUGUGCUGGCACUGCGGGGAGCCAGGGCACCUCCAGCAUCAGUGCUCGGCGAUGGAGGUGGGCACGGUGGUCCAGAUCCCCGAUGUGCCAGGAGCCACCCUUGAUCGGGCCGGAGCGUAUCGCAUACCGACGGACGCAUCGGACAGAGGGCUGGGGGCUGUUUUGUCCCAGGAGGUGGAGGGAGAGGAUUGCCCAGUGCUGUACAUAAGUCGUAAGCUGUCAUUGCGUGAGGGGCGCUACAGCACCAUAGAGAAGGAGUGCCUGGCCAUCAAGUGGGCGGUCCUCGCCCUUCGUUACUACCUGUUGGGAUACCCUUUCACCCUCUGUUCAGACCACGCGCCCCUCCAGUGGCUCCACCGCAUGAAGGAUGCCAACGCGCGGAUCACCUGUUGGUAUCUGGCACUCCAACCCUUUAACUUCAAGGUGGUCCACAGGCCGGGGGCGCAGAUGGUUGUGGCGGACUUCCUCUCCUGUCAAGGGGGGGAGGGGAGUCAGCUGCGGGCCGGACGGCCGCCCCGCCUGAGUCGGGCGGUGGGGGUAUGUGGCAGUGGGGGCGUGGUCAAGCGUCGGUCUGUGACCGGAGGGUGGAGUCAGGGAAGGCAAGUGGCAGAAUCACUGCAUCUGAGGUUGAUUAAUGUGUUUGUGUGUCCUCCCCAGUGACCGCGCCCUAUUUAAGGAGGAGAGCGAGAGCAGAGCGGGCUCUCUCCCGACCAGAACACAUGUGUGUGUGGCGUGUGUGCAUGUAUAUAUAAGUAAAGGUGUAGAAGCUGAAAAGCUGACAAUAAAAGAGUUAUUGAGAACUCAGUACUGGCCUGCCGUGCUUCUGUGCUCCACCCACCUAGAACACUUGCUACACUCAUUUUCUUCAAUAAGUAAAUGAGUAAGUAUAAUGUUUUUUGUCUCAUUUGUUUAACUAG